CAGCGCCGGAGACAAACUCAGCAGUGAAGGCAGACAAAGUUAUUUCCCCUUCACACGCAAAAGGUUCCGAUUGGCAAGAUGGUGCCCAACUCAGCCUGCGCGCUCUUCCUUCUCCUGCUGCUCCUCGCCUGCCCUGAGUCGCGGGCUUCCCAGAACUGCCUCAACAAACAACAGCUCCUCACAGCUAUCCGCCAGUUGCAGCAGCUGCUGAAAGGCCAGGAGACCCGCUUUGCCGAGGGUAUCCGCAACAUGAAGAGCCGGCUGGCUGCAUUGCAAACUUCUGUGAGCAGAGCCCUCCCAGAUGCCCCCCCAGUUUCCUGCCCUGCUCUGAGCGCCCCUCUGGAUGGCAGAAAGUUUGGAAGCAAGUACUUAGUGGAUCACGAAGUCCACUUUACCUGCAACCCUGGAUUCCGACUGGUCGGGCCCAGCAGUGUCAUGUGCCUGCCCAAUGGCACCUGGACUGGAGAGCAGCCCCGCUGCAGAGAUAUCAGCGAAUGCUCCAGCCAGCCUUGUCAAAAUGGUGGGACGUGUGUAGAAGGAGUCAACCAAUACAAAUGCAUUUGUCCACCAGGAAGGACUGGGAGCCGCUGUCAGCAUCAGACCCAGACUGAUGUGAAUGAGUGCGAGCUCUACAGGCAGGAGGGGCGCCCCCGGCUCUGCAUGCAUGCGUGCGUGAACACCCCAGGCUCCUACCGCUGUGCCUGCCCCAGCGGAUACCGCACCCUGGCCGAUGGGAAGAGCUGCGAGGACGUUGAUGAGUGUGUGACUUCACAGCACAUGUGCCCUCGGGGCACUAUGUGCAUCAACACCGGUGGAGGCUUUCAGUGUGUCAGCCCAGAGUGUCCUGAGGGCAGCGGCAAUGUGAGCUAUGUGAAGACAUCCCCAUUCCAGUGUGAGCGAAACCCCUGCCCCAUGGACAGCAGACCCUGCCGCCAUAUGCCCAAGACCAUCUCCUUCCAUUACCUCUCUCUGCCCUCCAACCUGAAGACGCCCAUCACUCUCUUCCGCAUGGCCACAGCCUCAGCACCUGGCCGACCUGGGCCCAACAGCCUGCGGUUCGGGAUUGUGGGUGGAAACAGCCGUGGCCAUUUUGUGAUGCAGCGCUCAGACCGGCAGACAGGGGAACUGAUCCUCAUCCAGACCCUGGAGGGGCCUCAGACGCUGGAGGUGGACGUCGACAUGUCAGAAUACCUGGACCGCUCCUUCCAGGCAAACCAUGUGUCCAAGGUCACCAUCUUCGUGUCCCCCUAUGACUUCUAAGGGGACCAUGGGAGCACCAGGGGGCUGGAGAUCUGUGCUUAUUUCUCUUCCCAAAGACUCUGCUGUGAGCAUUGACUGC